AGACGACUCCGCACGAGCCGAGCGCAUCGAUGCCGCGCUUUACAUUCGGUGGUAAUUUGCAUCGAUGCCACGGAAAACAGUCUGCAUUAUCCCUUUCUGAUAGAAAAUACCGCGGCUGAAGUCAACAUAGACGUUCUUAAGGAAAACAGGAGAAAUGUGACGCCGUUUACUCAGUUGCUGGUUUGCUCUGUGGUGCGUUAUUGAUGCGAGUGGAGAAUCCUGCGCUGCGGCACUGAUUUUGGCAGAGUCAGGAUCCUUCACGGAGCACUUUUUUCUCAGGGAGAGGGGAGGGGUCACUGCUGGUGUUCAACUUCCUACCUUUGUUGUUUCAGGACAUCCUGAACUUAAGCCAGGCAGUGCCCCUUCAUCUCAGCCCAGAGUGCUUCACUUAAAGAAACAAGAAUGGAAGACAAACGUAAGAAGCGAAGCCCCAAGGUGUCUCUUCCCCAGCCCCCUCCUCCUCCCGUCAACCCCCGCAAACUCUCUGUCCUGCCUGCCAGCAAAAGUGCCACCUUCUCGCUUGGUCUGCCACAGCCCCCUUCCCCUAAGAACAGAGGCAAGUACAAGAGGUCUAUAGGAGCACCAGGUCAGCCCAAGGAGGUUUUCACAGGCGUCGUGGCACCACCAAAGAUCACCAGGCCCCACAAGGAAAAGCCACGGGCCCCCCAGCCAGCAGGACCCAGCAAAGUGGUCCAGUCUUCCCCCCUGCAGCACUCCUUCCUUACAGACGUGUCCGACGUGAGAGAGAUGGAGGGAGGUCUACUCAACCUCCUCAACGACUUCCACUCAGGCAAACUGCAGGCUUUCGGGAAGGUGUGCUCCUUUGAGCAGCUGGAGCAUGUGCGUGAGAUGCAGGAGAAGCUGGCCCGACUGCAUUUCAGCCUGGACAGCCACGUGGAAGAGCUUUCAGAGGAUCAGAGAAAGUGUGCAUCUGACCACAACCUGGAACACCUGCUCUGUAACCUAGAGGAGCUCAGCACCUCCAUACAAAAGCUCCACUUGGCUGAGAACCAGGACCUGCCCAAGACAUCUGGGCCCUGACAAAGAGAGGUAUGGAGGAUGGAUGACCACCUUCUUCUCCUAACUUCUGAGCAGUCCAGGUCCCCAUGGCAUUAAUCCAGCUGCCUUAGCAACAGAAUGGAAAGAUCCACAGGAGGAGGAGAGCCUAUUUUUUCCAUUUGGAUAGUGAAUACGAGGGAACAAUGCAGUGACUCAAACGCAGCAGAGCAUUAAAUGAACACUCAAGCGAAAUCAUAAACCUCCCAUUCAUGGCACAAGAAAUGAUCAGAGGGUUUCCAGGGCAAAGGAAAUCAGCUGUUAAUACAUUUUCUUUCUUUUUGUGUUGUGCUUUCUAGGACAGGAGGCACAUCUCACAAAAGUACAAGAAUCUGCAUUAUUUUGUUUUUUGCCUGUAUUUAGCAUAAUUUCAGGAAUUAGUCAGAAAUUUAAGCCAUAUUAACAGAGCUUAUAAAAAGUAUUCACCCCCUUGGAUGUUUUACCCUUGUAUUGAUUUUAUAAAUCAGACAUGGUCAAUAUAACUUAGCUUUUAUGAAAGAAUUAUUUUAGAACAAUUCUCUUUUUAAUGUCAAAGUGAAAACUGAUUUCUAAUAAGAAAUGUAAAUUAAAUAAAUUUUGAAAUGACACAUUCACUACACUCAUGAAUCCUGUUUCACUAACUGAGACUACUAGCACCAAUUGGCUCGACCUCUGUUCAAUAUUAAUGCAAUCACUUAUUUUACUGUACAUAUUUCUGUUUCACUGACAUUAUUUAAAAAUCUUUUUUCACUUUGACAUUAAAGAGCGUUUUUUUUAAGUCAAAAACGCCAAAUUAUAUUGACCAUGAUUGGUUUAUAAAAUUAAGAAAGGGUAAAAUAUCCAAGGGUCUGAAUACUUUUCACAGGCUCUGUACGUAGCAACAUAUUCAGCACGGUUUGACAACACCACCUUGGCUAGCCUUGAACUGUAAUAGGAGUUUUCACUUUUGCUACCACUCAGAAUACACUUCCUUCUUGUUUUAUAUAUUUACAUUCAAAGUUAAAGAGUAGGCAACACUGGAUUUAUUAAGAACUAUGGGGGACCUUUAUAAUACCAGGAUUUUAAAGGGACAAAGUGAGGAGAGCUAUUGUACAAAAUGUAUGUUUGAAUAACUUAUCAAUGAAAUGUUUUAUAUGUUUUGCCAAUGUGCAGUAAGGCUACUGUAUUUGUUGACACUAAUGAUUUAGAAUGACUGGAGGACUUGAUGCUUUUGUAAACGAGGGCUCAUUAGGAAGCACAAGCAAGUCCAUCCUGCUUCCGACGUGCCGUAAAAUCACAUACUGUGACAGGAAGAACACAGGGAAUCUGUCCGGUCCGACACAAGAAGAAUAAAUUCACUGUGUCCCAUCACACUGUGUCAGACAGCACACUCACAGAGAGAUGCAGCUGGCUUAAAUCUCUGGUUCAAAUGGCAGCUACUUUCACUGUUUAAGUGUAGAGAUGGGUCAUUUUCAAACUUAGUAGUGAUUCAUAUUGGCUGUGAUAAUAAAUCCCUGACAAUCAAACUGAGGGAUCGAUUGGAAACACUAAUUUUUUAUGAUAUAACAUGAUUCCUUUUUACUGCUUGCUAAGCCUAUCUCUUGUCUCAAGUCUUUGUCUGGACUGGAGCGCCUUCACACUGCUACAGAUACUUUUCCCAUCCUAGAGCCCUGACAGUAAGACACACCGGAGAUAACUGUCAUAGCUGAUUACCUUUACGUUUUAUUUAUUCAUUCAUCUUUAAAAAGAUUAUACUGGAAUCACAGGCCAACAGUCCCACACUGAAAGACAUCCACAUUGGAAGUGAAUUUAAUGCUGGAUGAAAGAAUUAUUUUUGUUUCUCUGUAAAGAACUAAACAUUGUUGUAAAUGAACUUGAAUGUGUCUGUUCGGUGCUUUAAAGGGAGCCCCACAUCAAUAAAAAUUUGACCUUUAUUAGAUUAACAUGAGUGUCUUAUAUACAAAGAAACACAGUAGAUUUCUACAUUGUGAGUAAAGUUAGGAAAAAACCACAUCACAUGUAGGCUGCCAUUGUUGUGCAAUGCACUCUGGGUAGCUGUCAAAAGGCGGCAUUGUUCUAGUUUACUGGCCUUGAUCUACUUUUCAGGAACUUCUUCCUUUUUGUCUUCUUCACUAACACUGGGCUAGGGAUAAAAUGAACAAGGCUUAAAGGAUCACACUGUAGGAAAUAUGAAGAAAGCAUCUGACGUCUCCAUCCAGAGUGCUUUGCACAUCGACGGCAACUUACAUGUAUUUUUACAUUUUCUCAAAAUGUUUACAUCUAACAUGUUUCAAGACACAAAUGUUAAUCUUGCAGGCAUCCUUUUAAGAGGGCUGCUACAUCAGUAGCUGGUUACAAUGAGCUUGACAUGUCAAAUAGUCUUAUGAAAGAUCUCAUGUUUUUAGUCACUGUAUCAUGAAUAAAAUCCAUUUAAAAUUUUAAUUGCAU